UCUAUGCGUCAGGAAAGAAACAGACAUGGAAAUCCGAAAGUUAAUUGUCAGCGUCUUGUAAAUCCCCGUUUUCUUUGAGACUUGCAGUGCUCUCUGGAAAACCUGGAGAGGGACCUAGACACGGCUCCUGUUUGGUUUCCAUGGCAUCCGUUCUUCAUUGACUUCAUUGUAAUGAGUCCGCCCAAUUCCCCAACGUUGAUGAUGGAGAAAAUCUUCCGAUUGAGCUUUCCGUGGUGCUGAGAAAACCCAAGCGCAUGCAAUCUUCAUGAAGCGCUGCCUAUGGUGCUGAAAUCCCUCCGGAGCGCACGGGAGUGAUAGGGGUGGUGGACAGGACAGAGCCGCCAACACGUACAGCAUAUUGACCUCCAAGUCUUCUUUACAUUACUCUUUUAAGCACUGGAACGAGUGGCUGAUGAGUUGGACACUAGUAAUGGUAGCUCUGUCUCUGCUUCAGAGCUUGCAAAACAAUCAGCAAGAGAUUCACUUAAACUGGUUGGUGGUUGGCAGUGGGAAGGUUCGUAUAUAUCCUCUUUUGGAAGCUAUUCUGUCUGUCGGCUCUCUUCAUAUCGCAAGCUCAGAAAAAUAAUCGGGACAAACCUGGAAUUUCAUUUGAUACAUUGGACUUUCGUUAAAGAUUGCUGCCUUGUUCCAGCUAAUCAUGACACCUUUUGGUGGUGGAUCUUGCACUCCUAAGAAGACAGUCUAGUUGAGUCUCCUCUUCUAUUAGGAAAUCCGUGGGCUGCUUGUAAACGUUGAAUCGCCUCUUUCUGGCUCUCUGUCUCUCUUCCCCUCUUCCACAGUCACACACACAGAGCCUCUCUCGGUGUGUCUCCCUCCCUCUCUGUCUCUCUCUGGCACACACGCUCAUCUCUUUAUCUGGAUACACACCAAUAGCCAUUUUACGGGGGAAAGUUAGAGAUAAAAUCAAUAUGAGCUAUCAUCGCUGUUUGUAAGAGUGCUCGAGUUAACCAAGCAAACGCCAGUUCAAAGCUUUACAGAAAUGGAGUCGGUAAAACAAAGGAUUCUGACCCCUGGCAAGGAGGGGCUGAAAAAUUUUGCUGGGAAAUCACUUGGUCAACUCUACAGAGUUCUAGAGAAGAGACAGAAGACUGGAGACAAUAUCGAGUUGACGGAAGAUGGGAAACCUUUGGACCUGCCGGAGAAGAAAGCCCCGGUGUGCGAUUGCACCUGCUUCGGGCUCCCCCGGAGAUACAUCAUUGCUAUCAUGAGUGGACUGGGCUUCUGUAUCUCUUUUGGAAUCCGCUGCAACCUGGGAGUAGCCAUCGUAGACAUGGUCAAUAAUAGCACAGUACACCGAGGAGGGAAAAUCAUCAUCAAAGAGAAAGCGAAGUUUAACUGGGAUCCGGAGACCGUCGGCAUGAUCCAUGGCUCCUUUUUCUGGGGCUACAUAAUCACGCAGAUCCCUGGGGGGUAUAUUGCAUCCCGUCUGGCAGCUAACAGGGUGUUUGGUGCAGCUAUACUCCUGACUUCCACUCUCAACAUGCUAAUACCAUCUGCAGCGCGAGUACAUUUUGGAUGUGUUAUCUUCGUUAGAAUCUUACAAGGUCUUGUUGAGGGCGUAACUUACCCAGCCUGCCAUGGAAUAUGGAGCAAGUGGGCACCUCCUCUAGAGAGAAGUAGACUAGCAACUACUUCUUUCUGCGGUUCCUAUGCAGGUGCAGUUAUUGCAAUGCCUUUGGCUGGGAUAUUAGUGCAAUAUACUGGAUGGUCGUCUGUGUUCUAUGUGUAUGGAAGUUUUGGCAUGGUUUGGUAUAUGUUUUGGCUUUUGGUAUCAUACGAGAGCCCUGCAAAGCAUCCCACUAUUACAGAUGAAGAACGCAGAUACAUAGAAGAGAGUAUUGGAGAGAGUGCCAAUCUUUUAGGAGCAAUGGAAAAAUUCAAGACUCCAUGGAGAAAAUUUUUUACUUCUAUGCCUGUCUAUGCAAUAAUUGUUGCAAACUUCUGCAGAAGUUGGACCUUCUACCUGCUGCUUAUUAGUCAACCUGCUUACUUUGAAGAGGUGUUUGGCUUUGAAAUUAGCAAGGUGGGCAUGUUAUCUGCUUUGCCACAUUUAGUGAUGACUAUUAUUGUGCCAAUUGGUGGGCAAAUUGCAGACUUUCUAAGAAGCAAGCAAAUUCUUUCAACUACUACUGUCAGAAAGAUAAUGAACUGUGGAGGUUUUGGAAUGGAAGCAACUCUUCUCUUGGUGGUUGGCUAUUCUCAUAGUAAAGGUGUGGCUAUUUCAUUCUUAGUGCUAGCUGUGGGCUUCAGUGGUUUUGCCAUAUCUGGAUUCAAUGUUAACCAUUUAGAUAUUGCUCCAAGAUAUGCUAGUAUCUUAAUGGGGAUUUCAAAUGGAGUUGGAACACUGUCUGGAAUGGUGUGUCCCAUAAUUGUUGGAGCAAUGACAAAGAAUAAGACACGUGAAGAAUGGCAGUACGUCUUCCUUAUUGCUGCUUUGGUCCAUUAUGGAGGAGUCAUAUUCUAUGGUGUAUUUGCAUCUGGAGAAAAACAACCAUGGGCAGAUCCAGAACAGACUAGUGAAGAAAAAUGUGGUUUCAUACAUGAAGAUGAACUUGAUGAAGAAACAGGGGACAUCACUCAGAAUUAUGUAAAUUAUGGUACCACUAAAUCUUAUGGUGCUACAACCCAGGUCAAUGGUGGCUGGCCAAAUGGUUGGGAGAAGAAAGAAGAAUUUGUACAAGAAGAAGUACAAGACUCAUAUAGCUAUAAGGAAGGAGAAGAUUAUUCAUAACAAACCUAUAAUUGGAUAUAUUUUGUAGUGUUUGUGAUUUAUUCAUUGUGAUUGUUUGCACAUGCAGAAAGACUCACACACACACAAAUGUGAUAUAGACAUGUAAACACAUAUCAGACAGAAGGUCUUACUGUAAAACCUAAAAAAAAGAAUCCAUUAAGUGCAAUCUGUAUGAGUUUGUGACAUCUCAUCACCUCCAUUUGGAUGUAUCCAUUCUAUAGAGUUUUAAGGGUUUAUUGGUCAAAACUACUAGAGGAAACUAGGUUCUUUCAGUAUAUAUGAGCUGAAAGCUCAUAACUAAGGAUUAAAGCACAACUACCAACCAAGUUGGGACAUCAACUCUUCUGUUUAGAAAGCCAAAAGUACUUGAUUGUUUGAAAUAAAUGCACUUACAUAUUUGUUACACUGUAUUGAAACAGAU